AUGUCAAAGGGACGUGUAAGUGUUGUUGUAUUGGGAGAUGUUGGGCGUAGCCCAAGAAUGCAGUACCAUUCUUUGUCUCUGGCAAAUGAAGGAUUCACUGUUGAUUUGAUUGGUUAUUCAGGGUCAGAACUUAUAAGAGAGUUGCAGGAGCACCCAAAUGUUACAUUAAGAUAUGUUCCUUCAUGUCCUGACUUUCAAAGCACGUUUCCUCGUUUAUUUGGUUAUGUUUUAAAAGUACUGUGGCAAAUUCUUUCUUUGAUGACUGUGCUUUUCUGUAAACGUAGGUCUGAUUAUCUUCUUGUGCAAAACCCCCCUGCAAUACCGGCUCUUGCAGUAUGUUGGAUUUAUUGUGUUUUGAUGAGAUCAAAGUAUAUAAUUGAUUGGCACAACUAUGCCUACACAAUCUUGGCACUGUCUGUAGGCAAUGAAAGUAUUUUAGUAAAAUUUUCUAAAUGGUUUGAAGGGUGGUUUGGUAGACGGGCAAAUGCCAAUUUGUGUGUAACAAAAGCUUUGAAAAUGGACUUGGAGCAAAACCAUAGGAUUAUUGCUACAACUCUUUAUGAUCGGCCUCCAGAUUGUUUCCAUCCUGUUCCUUUACAAACUUCUCAUAAUUUAUUCAAAAAGCUUAGUGAAAAAUAUGAGAUCUUUGGCAGUUCAGAUGAAACAAAAACAGCAUUUACAGAAAUAAAGACUGGUGGUGUAAUUUCUUUAAGAGAGGAUCGUCCAGGGUUAUUGGUUUCUAGUACAAGCUGGACUGAAGAUGAAGAUUUUAAUAUUCUUUUAUCUGCACUUCAACUUUAUGAAGAAAUGUGUCAGACCAGUGCUUGUGCUUUGCCCCCUCUUAUUUGUGUAAUUACAGGGAAAGGUCCCUUGAAGCAAUACUACUGUGAACUAAUUGAUAAUGCUCAAUGGAAAAAUGUGAAGGUUGUAACUCCAUGGUUACAUCCUAGUGAUUAUCCCCAACUUUUAGCUAGUGCUGAUCUUGGUGUGUGCCUGCAUAUGUCUUCAAGCGGACUUGAUCUGCCCAUGAAAGUAGCAGACAUGUUUGGUUGUGGUUUACCUGUAUGUGCUCAUACUUUCAAGUGCUUGAAUGAACUUAUUCAGCAUAAAAAAAAUAGCUAUAUUUUCAGCACAUCAGAUGAGCUUUCUUCUCAAAUCCAGUCAUGGUUCAAAGACUUUCCAAAUAACAGUUCACAGAAAGAAAUUUGUCAUUAUUUCAAAGAAGAGUUAGCAAAAUACAGAUCUCUUAGAUGGCAUGAAAAUUGGAAAUUAAGCACUUCUUCAUUGUUUUUGUAG